AUGGAAGCCAUUGCCAAGUUUGACUUCAUGGCCUCAGGAGAGGAUGAACUGAGCUUUCACGCUGGAGAUGUUCUGAAGAUCUUAAGUAGCCAAGAGGAGUGGUUCAAGGCGGAGCUUAGGAGCCAAGAAGGAUACGUGCCCAAGAAUUUUAUAGACAUCAAGUUUCCUGAAUGGUUUCACGAAGGCCUCUCACGACACCAGGCAGAGAGCUUGCUGAUGGGCAAGGAGGUUGGUUGCUUCAUCAUCCGGGCCAGCCAGAGCUCCCCAGGGGACUUCUCCAUAUCCGUCAGGCAUGAGGGUGAUGUUCAGCACUUCAAAGUCAUGAAAGACAACAAGGGUAAUUACUUCCUGUGGACAGAGAAGUUUCCAUCCCUCAACAAGCUGGUGGACUACUACAGGACGACUUCCAUCUCCAAACAGAAGCAGAUCUUUCUGAGGGAUAGGACCCGGGAGGAACAGGGUCAGCGGGGCAACAGCCUGGACCGGAGGUCCCAGGGAGGCCUACCCCUGAGUGGGACUGUGGGAGAAGAAAUCCGGCCUUCGGUGAACCGGAAGCUGUCGGAUCACCCCCCGCCCCCUCCCUCGCAGUAUCCCCCCGCACCACUGCCACCACAGCAGCGGUACCUGCAGCAGCAGCAUUUUCAUCAGGAACGCCGUGGAGGCAGCCUGGACAUAAACGACGGGCACUGUGGCCUGGGCAACAGCAGCGAAAUGAAUGCCGUCCUCAUGCACCGGAGACACACAGACCCCGUGCAGCUCCAAGCAGCCGGGCGAGUGCGGUGGGCCCGGGCGCUGUACGACUUUGAGGCUCUCGAAGAUGAUGAGCUGGGAUUCCACUGCGGAGAGGUGGUUGAGGUCCUGGACAGCUCCAACCCAUCCUGGUGGACUGGCCGCCUGCACAACAAGCUGGGCCUCUUCCCUGCCAACUACGUGGCACCCAUGAUCCGGUGAGGCCCUGCACAACAAGCUGGGCCUCUUCCCUGCCAACUACGUGGCACCCAUGAUCCGGUGAGGCCCUUCUGGAGGGGUCGGAAGCUUUCGUCUGAAGCUG